UGUAAUACGGGCAUUUAACAAAUAACUAUGUCGGACGUCGACGAUGAUUUUAUGGUCGAUGAAGAAGAAGACUACGACUUCGAUUACUCAGAAAACAGCGACAGCGAGCCUGCAGUUGAUUUAGAGAAUCAAUAUUACAACAGCAAGGCGCUCAAGGAAGAUGAUCCUCAAGCUGCAGUUGCCAGCUUUCAGAAGGUUUUGGAGCUGGAAGGGGAGAAAGGAGAGUGGGGCUUUAAGGCUCUAAAGCAGAUGAUGAAACUGAAUUUUAGGAUGGGAAACAAUGCAGAGAUGAUGGCUCGUUACAAGCAAUUGCUUACGUACAUCAAGGGUGCUGUGACUCGUAAUUACUCAGAGAAGUCGAUCAACUCCAUCCUAGAUUACAUCUCAACUUCACAACAAAUGGAACUGCUGCAAGAGUUUUACGAGACGACACUGGAGGCCCUCAGAGAUGCAAAGAAUGAAAGACUUUGGUUUAAAACUAACACAAAACUUGGAAAGUUGUAUUUUGAUCGUGGAGAGUUCGGUCGGCUGGCGAGAGUAUUGAAACAGUUACAUCAGUCAUGCAAGACUGAAGAUGGACAAGACGAUUUAAAGAAAGGCACUCAACUGCUAGAGGUCUACGCUCUCGAAAUUCAAAUGUACACGGCACAGAAGAACAACAAAAAACUAAAGACAUUAUACGGGCAGUCACUUCAGAUUAAGUCUGCUAUUCCUCAUCCUCUUAUCAUGGGCGUUAUCAGAGAAUGUGGCGGGAAGAUGCAUUUGCGGGAGGCAGAAUAUGAGAAAGCACACACAGAUUUCUUUGAGGCAUUCAAAAAUUACGACGAGAGUGGAAGUCCAAGACGUACAACUUGCUUAAAAUACCUCGUACUUGCCAACAUGUUAAUGAAAUCUGGAAUCAACCCGUUCGACUCGCAAGAAGCAAAGCCGUACAAGAACGAUCCAGAGAUUCUAGCAAUGACAAACUUAGUGAGUGCGUAUCAAAAUGAUGAUAUCAACGAGUUUGAGAAAAUCCUUCGGAGCAACAGACGAACAAUAAUGGAAGACCCGUUCAUUAAGGAGCACAUAGAAGAUCUUUUAAGGAACAUUCGGACACAAGUGUUGAUCAAACUGAUCAGACCGUACACUAGAAUACACAUUCCAUUCAUUUCUCGAGAACUUAAUAUUGACACUGAAGAAGUGGAAGCCCUGCUGGUCUCUUGCAUUCUAGACAAAGCAAUUCAUGGUCGUAUUGAUCAAGCAAAACAGAUCUUGCUUCUUGACAGAAAAUCACAAGGAGCUGCCAGUUAUGCUGCUUUGGACAAAUGGACGACUCAGUUACAGUCGUUACAUGCUGUGGUUGUCAGCAAAGUUGCUUAAUGAGAGAGACUCAGUACGUUUGAUAUGGUUGAGUAAUGAUGGGCUGGAUAUGAAAACAGCUGGUUUAUUGCUAUGAGAUAGAUACGUAUUAGAUGGUGUAUGAUCUAAUACAUCGUAAUUUUAUCAAUACUGUGAGCUUGUU